CAAACUGUGAUCACUAUAGUUUGUUGUUAACAGUGUCUGGAAACGUUGUUUUUGUAUACAGGUGAAGGGCCUCGGAUUUAGACCUUCGUCGGGACUCGGGGCCAUUGAGAAGUUUCGUCAUGAAUUUGUUUGCUUUGUGGAUAUCAUUACUUCCCAUUGUACUGGGAAGAAUGCACACGUCAUCAAUGCCCAAUAAAGAGAGGAUGGGAACUAAUCAAGGAAUGACAAUGGGUGCUUCAAACAUGACUCCCGGAAAUCCUGGUACAGGUCCUUCUCCUACCCUUCCUCCGCCUCCAAGAGUCAUGUUUCGUCCUAGGGUCCCAUUCAUAUGCACCUUAUUCGUGGACUCGGGAUACUUUUGUCCGUCUGGGUCUCGUCCCUCAACCCAGUACUACUAUGAUCCAUUCACUCAGAGAUGUCAGUCUUUUUACUAUCGAGGAUGUGGAGGAUCUCCCAAUAGAUUCUCCUCCAGAACCGAAUGUCUCAGAAACUGCGGUUGUUAUAGCAACAUUGACUCUGGUAACAGCUGCCCUAUCAGUCCUUUUCAGCCCCCUGUCUACAGAUACACAAUCAGGUAUGCCUUUAAUCAGUUCUCAGGCACCUGUCAACCUUUCCAGUUCAGCUCAUGCAACGGUGGUAAUGACAACAACUUUCGUUCCCUGCUUGAAUGUCAGACCACUUGUGGAUCAAAUUCUGACUCCGACUUAGGACCAUUCGAGUUCAACGUGGUACCAAUAGGCGCAUCGAAUGGAAUAAUGGGUGCUAUGUCCAAUAGAGCUACGUCGUCAGUCCUUCCAAACAAUGCUCAGCAGCGCAGUAAUUUGCCGCCAGUGAACACCAUCCCUUCUGAAUCUCACAAUGAAUCUCAAUUUAACUUCGGUUCCUCUUCCAUCAUGGCAGUAGAAGGAAACUCCAAUGGAAACAUGGGGAUCCCUGCAUCUGAAUUUAAUUUCGGAUCUUCAUCACUCUUAGCUGGAAAUGCGCCCUUCACUGGAAGGAAUAACAUAAUGCCUUCAUUUACUAACAGUGAAAACAGAGGCUUACCAUCUCCUAUGACCAAUUCUCAGACUGGAACGUCUUCAGUUGCUGGAAACUCGGCAUUUAACGGAGGACUUAGGACACCCUCCUCAGUCAAUAUGGUUUCUUCUUUUUUGGGCUCUAGUGGACCCGCAGGGUUUCAAUCCGGAAAUGGAAUGUCAAACGGAAUGAUAACAGGAUUGAGGAGUAAAACAUACUAAUAAAUGAAUUGUUGAAUUUAAGAAAUGUG